AUGGAAGCCGACUGGGAGUUAGAUUCAGACAACGAGGGAAAGCGAUGGAGUCUCGGCCCGGCGUUCGACGAUGCGGGUCAGCUCUCAGACGACGAUCUUCUCACUGACCUCGGGAGUACCGCCGCCAUUCGAGGCGGCGAUCUUCUCACUGACCUUAACGGUACCGCCAUUCGAGACGACGACCUUACUACGAGCAACCUCGAGAGCACCGCCGUUAGCGGCGGUUUCACUAGUGGUGUCGCCGGAAGAGACGGCCAAAGUAGCGAUGCGAGCAACGGCGCGGGGACAAAUCGCACGCCGCAGGCCAACGGCGCGUCAAACCUUAACGGCUCGCUAGACUAUAACGGGAAUAGUGAAAGUUCUGAUCGACCUGGAAACGAGGAGGCUUUGCGAUCCGCAGGCGGCAUAGACGGCGGAGCUGUCAGUCUAAGCGCCGCGGACGAGGGGAGGCAGUUCCAGCUCAAUUUUGCGCGAGCCAACGGGUUGCGCGACGCCGGGGAGCAGAGCGUGAGGGUAGCUGCGCAGUUGGAAGUCUGCGCGGAGCAGAGCGGGGCUGGCGACGUGGGUGGCAGAAGGGAGGACACAGCAGAUGGAACGCAUGUAGCGGCAGUGGCGCCUGAAUUGGCGCCGCAUAGGGAGGAGCAGAGUGCUGAGUCAACAGGGCCGUCAGUGAGUUCACUCGCGCCCGAUUUAGCGCCAGAAGAAACGUCCGCCGGGGGAUUGGCAAACGGGAGCGGCGAGUGGGUGGGGAAGGAACCUGCGGAAGGUGUGAGGGAGGCCAAUGGUGCAACGGAUGCAGACGAGGGGAGACGAGGGCAAGGAAAGAGUGGUAGUGAGGAGAGCAGCGCAGUGAAUAGGUCGGGGGAGAUUAGGGUCGGGGAAGGGCAGGGGCGCUGGGGGGGGGCGCAAGGGGGAGUGCAAGGGGGAGCGCAAGGGAGAGUGCAGGGGGGAGCUUUGGGGGGAGUGCGGGGAACUGUGGGGCAAAGUGCGGAGAGAGCAGUGGUUGCAGGGAAGGGGAGUGGGCGCGUGGGGAGUCCGAGUGGAAGGAGGGAUGCAGCGCCAGGAACAGCAGGGGGGAAGGCAGGGGGGAGAUUCGAGGGGGCGGAUAGGGCGGGUGUGAGUGGCGCAGCAGGGAGGGCCGGGGGAAGUCCUUUGAGACGAAAUGGCGCAGCAGGGGGGAAGGCGGAAGAGAGAGCAGGAGGUGUUGGCGGGGGACGAGUAGUGGCAGGAGGAAAUGCGAGUGCAAAUGCGAGUGCCCGCAGGCGGAUAGCCUUUGGCAGCAGUGUGAGCUUCAACGCGGCUGCCUCCAGCCCUGUCGUUGCCCCAACGCCCGCGCCUUGUGAUCCCCCACUGACUGCUGCUGGGGUUCCUCCUGGCAUUUAUGAGGGUAUGCAGGGCGUUUCCCCUGCUGUCAACAGUGCAUCCUCAUCAUCUGAUCCCUCCCCUGAUGUGGUCAACACCACCAGCACCUUCACUUCUGCUGCUGCUGCUGCUGCUGCUGCUGGUGGUGGUGAAUCCAAUGCUGCUGUUGCCGGCAGUGAUCGAAUGGGUGACACUGUGAGUGCUGUAGAUAGGGUAGGAAGUGUGGAGUUGGAGGUGGGGAGAGAUGAGGGAAGAGAGGAGGAAAGGGAGGAGAGAACAGAGGAGGGAAGAGAGGUGGACGAAAGCGUGGUGGAGGAAAGAGAAGAGGAUGAAGGGAUGACUCUGCAGGAGAUUAGGGGUGACAAGCAGGCGGGGACAAGAGAUCAAGACCAAGUAGCGGAGGGAUGGGAGAAGGAGGAGGAGGAGGAAGGCGGCAAGACAGACUCGCUAAAGACAGCAGAGAGGUCAACGCAAGCAGCAGAAGCCAAUGACACGGUGGGUGGCAGAGAUGACACGGUGGGUGGCAGAGAUGACACGGUGGGUGGCAGAGAUGACACGCACAUUGACCUGCGCUCGCAGCGCAUCAGAAGCCUCAAGGCCCACACGCUGCACCUGCACACACAUCGUGUGCUCGCAGCGCAUCACAAGCGCCCCCCCUCAGUCCUCUUCUCCUCCUCCCUCCUCUUCUCCUUCCCCCUCCCCCCUCAUCCCCAUCCCUCAACUCCCCCCUACCAGCGCCGGGUGGACCUGCGGUCGCAGCGCAUCAGAAGCCUCAAGGCAGAUACGCUGCACCUGCCGCCUGCUGCUCAGGUGGGCUUGUGGCAGGUGCUGCUCAGGUGCUGCUCAGGUGCUGCUCAGGUGUGGGGCAGUGGGCUCACCGCGGCUGAGGCAGGCGCUAUAGACUGUGUGGGUUUUGUGUAUCUGAGGGGCAACAAGCUGACAGCAAUGGACGGCAUCGAGCGUCUCAAGAAGGUCAAGGUGCUAGACGUGAGCUACAACCAGCUGGGAGAGGCUUCCCUGGCGCCACUAGCUGCAUGCGCGUCCCUGCAGGUGCUAGACGUGAGCUACAACCAGCUGGGAGAGGCUUCCCUGGCGCCACUAGCUGCAUGCGCGUCCCUGCAGGUGAGUGACAGCGAGGCGGCGGUGAGGAGGAGUUGUGUGCGGUGA